UAAUUUUUUUCAGUCAAGUGAGUUGUAGAGGAACCAAAAAAUAAAAGGAAAUAAAAUCUAUUUAAUUCUUAAACAAUUUUUUACACAAUUUUUUCACAAUAAUUUGGUAAAAAUUACGUAUACUCUAUAACGCAAAUUCAUUGCAAUUCGUUGCGUUUAUUAUUUGCCUGUUUUUGGCCACUUAAUUUGGGUUAAAGAAGAUAUGGCCAGCUACUGCUAGAAGUGAUAGACGUCGUCGUUGUCGUCGUCUCUACGUACUAAAAUCUCUCAAUUGACGUGAAAAUUCAGUACAGCGCUUUGAAAGUAGAGAAAACACGUUCCAGAGUAUUGGGGGCCCAAAAUAAUAAUUCCUAUAUUAGAACUACACAACAGACGUUGUUGGUGUAGUGCAGUCGUCGGCAAUAGAUUCUAUGAAUGAUCUUUUUUAAUUACAAUUGAGAUUGUUUAGAAUUUCGUGCGGACGUGCGGCGGGGAAUGAUUUAUAAGGUGUAACCUCUUUUUACGCUGCAAAGAAGAAGAAAACUUACAAAUAUUAUAACAUUUGCAAAAUUUCCGGGCCUCAAGGAAACUCGCAGAGAAAAAGGGCGGCACUAAGAUAUCUUGUCGCAACACGGCCUCUAGAGAAAUUUUGCAUUGAAAAGUCGGAGGAAAAAAAUCUUAUUGAAUUGAAAUUGGAGAAAAAAAAGGCCCAGCAGAAACAGCAGCAGCCGCAGCAACACAGAACAAUUUUUCGGUCCGCAGCAUUGAUCGUGAGACGUCGUUAGUCGGAAAAAGGAAACUGGCGUAAACUUUGCAUUGAUGGUAAUGCAUGCUAGAAAACCGCAACGCAUGAACGAUGGCUACUUUGAGAAGCAUCAAUCUCAUUCGUAUCAGAGUUCCAAAUACAGUUCAAAACGAGACUAUGAACGCGAUCGCUCCUCAAACUAUCGCGAUCGCGACCUUUCCCCGGCUGGAGGUGGACCAUUAAACAAUGGCAAUAGUUCAUCGUAUCGGUCACAAUCACCUGAAAUAGAUUCGCCAUCAUCGAGGGGACACGGUGGUUCACACGAUAUACGUGAUCGUGGCGACCAUCGACGUAGCGAUCCUUUCAGUUAUAUGCAAAAGAUGAGAGAUCGGGAUCGUGAUAUCUAUAAAAAGGAUAAAUAUUCAGAUAAACGUGACCGUCGAGGUGAUCGAGAUUCUGAGUCGCAUCGCACCAAUCAUGAUAGGCUUGAUCGUCGUGGUGGCGGAAGUGUAAGUGGAGCCAAGCUCUGUUCUUCCGGCGACAAACGUUCGGGUUCAGACGAUCGUGAUCGGGAUCGUGGUGACCGAGAUCGCGAUCGUGACAGAGAUCGUGAUUUAAGAGACAGUAAACGUGACCGAGAUUCUCUGAGGGAUCGUGAACGUGACCGUGAUCGCGAUCGGGACAGAGAUCGUGAUCGCGAUCGCAGUGCACGAGGCGGUGAUGAUCGUGACCGCGAUCGAGGUGGCGGUGGUGGAGGCGGCGGCAGUGGCGAUCGUAAUGAUCGUGGUGAACGUAUCGCCCGAUGCGGUGAUUGGAGUGAACAUGUUAGUUCUUCGGGAAAAAUGUAUUAUUAUAAUUGUAAAACAGAAGUCUCACAAUGGGAAAAACCAAAGGAAUGGAUUGAACGUGAGCGUAAUCUGGCGCGAGACCAACAUCGCGAAAAGGACUAUCGCGAUAAGGAACGCGAUAGGGAUCGUGAAGAACGUUUUUCUAGAUCAUCAUAUAAACAUUCCAGUUCUCGAGGCAAUUCCCGACUGAGGUGGAACUAUGAUAAUGAUAGUGGGCCACCGAAUCAUCGAAGACGCAUUGAUGGGCGCAUGGCUGACAAUCCAGACAUGGAUAUUAGUCCCGGUGACUCGACACCGACUUCGGAAGCUAGUUAUUCAUUAACGGGUACUCCAACAAUAUAUGUCGGUGGCAAUCAACACAACGACGAAGCAUUGCCAUCAACGACGGUGGUAUUACCAAAUGCAUUGCCUCGUUUAGCUUCACAUCCCAAUGCCUCUAGUAGUAAUAUGACAUCUUCCUCUGUUAAUGCCAGCAGUUUAGCAUCAUCUUCAGGUGGCGCUGCCGCAUCAAUGCAUUAUCCGGCCACAUGUCCGAGUACAGCAACAGGUGCUGGAUCUGUCGGCGGCAGCGGCGGCGGAGGAGGCAGCGGCAGUUCUGGCAUUGUGGUUGGUGGAGCUACUAUGUUACCCGCAACUGGUCUUGCUACAACAAAUGUAGCGGGCACGAUACCAUCGGCCGCCAAUACAUUGUCUAGUAGUGGCAAUAGCAACAACAGCAAUCAUAGAAAAUUGGAUGCUGUAACAGCAUUACAUCAAUCACAUAUGGGAGCUGUUGGAUCACCUAAUACCCCUGUUCCAUCAUCUUCGAGUCAAGUGGAUCAUCAUUUGAACUCAAAUGCUCCGGGCCCACCAAAGCUAGGCUCCAAGGAUCCGGCUUUACUAAUGCGUCAACAACAGAUUCAUCAUCAUAUAAAUAACCCUGACGGUCAUCUCAUAUCGCCUAGUCCGGGUGAUAAUAACCAUGCAUCAGCACAGCAGGUUAUGAAUUUAAGGGAGAACGCUUUAAAUUCACCCUUAUACAAUUUAACACAUCCCCAUGGUAUGUCACCCAUGGGCUAUAGUAAAAGUCCUAUAACAUCGUCAACAUCUGCAGUUUCGGGCAGUGCGGUGCCCACGGCUGUGGGUCCCGGUUCCCUGCAUACAACAGCGUCUGUGGCACAUGCGAAUAAUGUGAAUAGUGGCGGAAUGCCCAUAACAAGCCUUGCUGCUGCCACCUCAUCAUAUUCCUGCACUAAUCCCUAUGGACUAAAGACUGUUGAUGGCAACGUCGUUUUAAAUAGUAAUAACGUUGUUGGCAUGAAUCCACUGAGUGUUGCCACAAAUGUGGCCGUAGGAGUGGCAGGCGGCGCUGUUAAUGUUGGCAACAACAAUACACUGUGUUCCACAUCAAUGUUAUCAGCUAAUCCCAAUAUGGCCGGUGCAAUUGUUGGUGGCGGUGGUAGUGGUGGCGUAGGCGUUAUGUGUGCAGGUGUUAGUGGAGUUGGCAGUAGCAAUGUUGUUAAUAUGAAUGUUAUACCGGGUGAGGGACCACCGACACCAACACAGGAAUUAGAUUUAAGUGGUAGUUCGUCAAUAGAUCCACAACAAAGAAAGUUGGAUGGUACGACAUCAGCUUCUUUAAGUACUUUACAAAGUUGUGUUUCCAAUUCAAUACAGGCUGGUCGUUCACAAGGACCUGAAAUCUCGACAAAGCUAAGCAAAUACUUCAGAGCCGAUCUAAUAACACAUGUUACCAAUUGGGCAGCAGAUCAAUUAGAAAAACAGGCGCAAAAAUGUUCAGAGGAAGCACAUUUAUAUGGAGAUUUGCAGUGUACAAAGGUAUCGGCCGAGUUGAAAUGUGCGAGAAGUUUAGUUAGAAUAACUGAAAUUACAGCCACAUUGCAAGAACAAAAGAUUAUGUAUUUACGCCAGCAAAUACGUCGAAUAGAAGAAUCAAAAUCACAAAAUUCAUUUAUGUCCGAUGAUCUAUAGCCAAUUUUCAAACUGGAUAAAUAAGUCAGAGCUGAGAAUAGCAACUAUUCGCCGCCAGCAGACACUACAGAGACUUCAAAAUUUUUAAAACAACCACAAUAAUAACAACAAACACUGUUCGGUAAAUGAAUCAUGAUGAGGAAGGUAAUCUAACAAAAUAAAAUAAUGAAAACAAAACAAAAAAAAAAAUAGUUAAACAAAAAAAUAAAAGAAAUUAAACUCCGCAUAUUUUGAAUGAUGAAUGAAAAUGCAUUAAACAAAAUAAGUAAAAAAACCAACAACAACAACUGCAACAAGAAAAAGGAAAAUAAAUAUAAUAUAAUAAAAAAACACAACACAACAAACAAGAAUAAAUAAAAUUGAUGAAUAAUUAUAGUACUAUUAUUAUAAUUCGUAAUUAUAAAAGAAACUAUAAAAAAAAACAACAAAACAAAAAUAAAAUAAUAAAAUAAAAACAAAAAAUCGUAAAAUUACUAAAAUUAAAAAACA